AUGGAUGUAUCCGAUGAUGAGGAAGAUGUGGUUGUUGGUCAAAAGAAACGUAAACGUUUGAUGUUGGUGGAUUCCGAUGAGGAGGGGCAGGACAAUGCUAAGGAGUCCUCGCCGAAAACGAAAAAGAAGGGCAAAGAUGAUUCAUCAUUUCAUGCCUCGGAUGAGGAUGAGGAGGACGAAGAUGAAGCUUCUUCUUCGUCAGCAUCUCCAUCGCCCAAGAAGAAAAACCUGAAAAUCAAAGAUGAACCAAAAUCCAAAAAGGUAAAAUUGGAUGCCUCCCUGGUGUCUGGUACAUUUGCUGAAAAAUUGCAACAACUACAAUCAUCUGACGAUUGUAAAACUAGCAAAACCCAGGAAGCCAAAUGUGAGGAAAUUGUUACAACUUCGACACUUGAUGAACCGGUCAUAUGGCCUCAUCAGAAAUUAGAAUUUUUAAAACCUGACAAAAUAAAAGAUAAACAAGGCCGUCGACCCGAUCAUCCGGACUAUGAUGGUUCUACGUUACAUGUGCCAAAGGACUUUUUGGAUUCAUUGUCGCCGGGCGUUCGUCAAUGGUGGGUCCUCAAAUCGGAUAAUUAUGAUUGCGUUUUGUUCUUUAAAGUUGGCAAAUUCUAUGAGCUUUAUCACAUGGAUGCUGAUGUGGGUGUCAAUGAAUUGGGUUUCACGUAUAUGCGUGGUGAAUUUGCCCAUUCCGGUUUCCCGGAAAUAUCAUUUGACAAAAUGGCCUCGGUGUUGGUGGAACGUGGUUAUAAAGUGGCCCGUGUGGAACAGACAGAAACUCCCGAUAUGAUGACCGAAAGAUGUAAACGUAUUAAGGCCACAAAAUUCGACAAGGUUGUACAACGUGAAAUUUGCCAAGUAAUGAAUCGGGGCACUAGGGUAUUUGGUUCACAGUGUAGUAUUACACCGAAUUAUCAAACCAGUUAUAUGCUGGCCAUUGUGGAGAAACCACAUCAGGCGGGUGGCACCAGUAGUUAUGGCAUUUGUUUCAUUGACACUUCGAUAGGUGACUGCUAUUUGGGUGAAUUUGAUGAUGACAAGAAUUGUUCACGUUUACAUACCCUUUUGUCGCAUCACAUGCCAGUUUUGGUGGUAUUGGAAAAGUCCAAUAUUGGUGAACAGACACAGGACAUCAUGAGAACAGUAUUGAGCGGUGUAUUAAAAGAAUAUAUGCCUGCCAAUGGUAGUCAACAAAGUACUCCGGAGAAAACUCUUAAGGAAUUGGCUGAGAAUUAUUAUGCCUGUGAUGGUGAUAAUUGGCCAGUCGUUUUGCGAACCAUGCAAGAUGACUGCGAUCAUUUGGGCCUAACACCACAUCGUCAGGCCAGAUUGGCUCUUAAGGCCUUGGGUCUGUGUAUUAAUUACAUGAAAAAAUGUAAAGUGGCUGAGAAAGUUUUACCCAUGGCCAGAUAUCAUUUGUAUGAGCCACCAGAUAUGCUAAACGAUAGUGUGGUGGCCGCCAAUGUUCCCACAAAGAAAGUCCAAGCUAUGCAACGUGCCCAUAUGGUUUUGGAUGCCACCACGUUAAUGAAUUUACGCAUAACUGGUGAAGAGCAUUCCCUACAAUCUACAUUGGAUCAAUGUUGUACGAAAUUUGGUAAACGUCUGCUGCAUCAUUGGCUAUGUGCUCCAUCGUGUAAUUUGGGCGUGAUAAAAGAUCGUCAAUUGUCAAUUGCUGAAUUUUUGAAAAAUUCAAGUUUAUUGCAAGAGAUAAGGGGUUUAAUGGCUCCCUUGCCAGAUUUUGAAAGAUAUUUGGCACAAUUUCAUCAUUUUGGAAGUAAAUUGGUGCAAGAAAAACAUCCCGAUGGUAGGGCUAUACUCUUUGAGGCGAAACAAUAUAAUAAGAAGAAUAUUCAGAAUUUUAUUGCUAUACUCAAGGGAUUUGAGACAUUACUAAAAAUACCCAAUAUGUUUGAGGGGGUAUCUUGCAGUUUGUUGAAACAUUUAACCCAAAACAGCAAUAAUGGUGGAGCUUUUCCUAAUCUAUCCAAACAGUUGACUUUCUUUAAGGAAGCCUUUGAUCAUGCCAAAGCCUCUGAAAGUGGUGUUAUUGCCCCAGAACGAGGUGUCGAUGAAGAUUAUGAUCGGGUUGAGGAUAAAAUUCAAGAAAUCAAAGAUGAAUUGGAAGAAUAUCGCAUUGAACAGGAAAAGUUAUUUGGUUGUCGUGUGGUCUAUUUCGGGGCGGAACGUAAACGUUAUCAAUUGGAAAUUCCCGAGGCAAAUGCACGCAAGGUUAAUAGUAAAUAUUCUCUGGAGGGUCAAAAGAAGGGCGCCAAACCGUCAAGGCGUUAUACCACCGAAGAGACAAGGUCCUUACUCAAACGCAUGUUAAAUGCCGAAGAUGAACGUAAUGCCAUCUUGAAAGAUUUGUCACGACGUAUAUUUGAAAAAUUCUCCCAACACUACCAGCUAUGGAAACAAUGUGUUGAUUGUGUGGCAGAAAUAGAUGUUCUCGCCUCAUUAGCUGAAUAUGCCCGGACCCAAUCGACAUCAAUGUGUAUGCCCGAGUUGGUAAUACUCGAAGAGGGUGAACAACCAUUUAUUGAAAUCGAAGAAGGUUAUCAUCCAUGUGUAUCUUCGGAUACAUAUAUACCAAAUGGCAUAGCAUUGGGUUGUAAUGCGACCCCUGCAUUGUCAUUGCUUACCGGACCAAAUAUGGGUGGUAAAAGUACAUUAAUGCGGCAAGUUGGUUUACUUACUAUUAUGGCACAAAUUGGUGCCCAUGUACCGGCCGAAAGUUGUCGUUUAUCAUUGGUCGAUCGUAUAUUUACACGAUUGGGGGCCCAGGAUGAUAUUUUAUCGGGUCAUUCAACAUUUUUGGUUGAAUUAAAUGAGACAUCGUUGAUUUUGAAACAUGCCACUGCAAAUAGUUUGGUGUUGCUGGAUGAACUGGGUCGUGGAACUGCUACGUAUGAUGGCACAGCAAUUGCAGCUUCUGUUGUUAACUUUUUGGCAGAUCUUAAAUGUCGCACGCUGUUUUCAACCCAUUAUCACAAUUUAAUUGAUUUCUUCCACAAUGAUGAACGUAUUACCUUGGGCCAUAUGGUCUGCAUGGUGGAAAAUGAGGAUACCGAAGAUCCUACCCAAGAAACGGUUACAUUCCUAUAUAAAUAUACAGCUGGUGCUUGUCCCAAAUCGUAUGGUUUUAAUGCUGCCAAAUUGGCUGGAAUGCCUCAUGGUAUAAUAAAGAGAGCCUAUGCUCUUUCCAAAAAAGUAGAAGCCAUUGCUCUAAAACGUAAAAUUGCCGCCAAAAUUGUGGCUGCUGCAACUGUGGGAUGUGCCACCUCGGCACAGGCUAAUAAUUUGAAAAAUCUCCUAAUACAACUACAACAAUGUCAGGUUUAA